UUGCUAACGUCUCACUGUAUUUGUCGGCAGUUCAUACCUUUUUCAACCACUUGAUUUUGUAGAACAAAUAUUUCUGACAUCUCCGAGGUCGUCGCCAUGUUAUCUGCCAACAUAUAAGCGUGAAAGUCUAGAAAAAAGUCACUUUCAUAAUACUCCAGUUCAAAAUUCUCUUCCGCCCCGUUUAAUGUGCAUUUAGCCCAUCGAAACUUUGUCCGUUCUAGCUGAAAGGCGUACUUCAUACCAGACAUAUUUAUGCUUUUCUGUUUUAAUUAUUAGUUUCCGAUAUUUCCUUCCACGGCUUCUCAGAUAUUUCCUAACAAGUGUCUGUGCCUUGAACUCUCUGUAUUUUCGUUUUUAGCUUAGCAAAAGAGAAAGCACUGGAAAAAGUAAAUCAAAAUACGCUCAAGGUAGAAAGUUGUUAUCCUAGAAAGCUCUACUGAAAAAUGCUUUCGAACGUCUAGCUAAAAGGCAUAUCUCCUUCGGCAAAGUAUAACUAAUCAAAAAAUUAAAUUAUUUCUGACAUAUACGCAUUAUAUUUACAUUUUCAUGUCUCAUAUUUUCUUUCUUUUCUGAAUAAUGCAAACACAAUCUGUCAAAGUCCAUCAACUCACCAUAUUAUGCUUUCGACACAAAUGAAAUCUGAUGGAUAUGAUUUAGUAGAAUUAUAGCUUCAGUUUGUGAGAAAAGUUUUACAAAAAAAGAUCUUGUGUAUAACUUAUAAUAAAUAUUAAAAGCUGAAAAUUCAUAGUUUUGAAUGAAUUUAAAAAAUUGGAUUUUAAAUGUGGUAUGUUCAUAAUGAGCGCCCCUAACCUCGAUUUCAGUGGUUAGCUUUCAGAAAGCUCUAGAGAAAGCUCGUUGGGGGAGGGAUAAAAGGUUAAUAGGUGGGAAAUGUUUUACAUUAAAAUUAACAUGAUAAUUACAAUAUUUUAGAAGCAAUAAUUACGUGUAAAUGUGGCUCAAAUUUCACAUUAACAAAACCGAAUAAUAAAUUUCAAUUAUCAAAUUUUUAUAAACAUAUAAAAUCAUUAAUGAAAGAAUUUGUAGCGAAAAAUGAUAAACAAAAAAGAACUAGUGCUCAAGCAUCAUUAUCACUGACAUCAUCAGUACAAUCACAACCAUUAGUUCAAAUAAUAACGAAUCUUGUAGCCGCAUCACCUUCAUCCACAAGUAGUACAUCAACAAUAGCACCAACAAAAAACAAUUCUGCACCAGCAUCAAGUGUACCAGCGCGAUCAUCAAAGCGAAGAAAACUAUAA